AUGAGCCCAUCUCAGAGCAUACAGAAUUCUCUACCACAUGAUAUUUCACUUAAAAUAGCUUCAUCCCUUCAGGUUUUUGAUGUGUGUUCAUUGGGGAGUUGCUCCAGGUUUUGGAGAGAGCUAUGCGGGUCGGAUUGUUUGUGGGAAGCUCUAUGCAAAGACAGGUGGCCUGCACGUGAUUUUGAUAAAGAUUCUUCAGCUUUUCAAGAUCAAAAUUUCGAGCUUGAUCAACGAAUGGAUUCCAAUUUAAAGGGAUGGAGGGAGUUGUAUAUAAGCAAGCACAAUGAGAUGGCUGAAAAGGCAUCUAUGGUAAUGAACUUUGUGGAAUGUGCUUUAGCUUAUGAGUCAAUUGAAGUUGGGAACUAUUUGAAAGCUAUUGAAUUCUUGAAGUCGAUGCAAUUUGGAUUCAAAGAUGUCCAAAUGUUCUUUCUCAAACCAAAGCUUAAUGUGCUGCUCAAUUUGGUUGGCUUGCACUAUUGCAUUAUAUGGCUUGAUGUACCGUCCAAAUUUGUCAAGGAAGCACUACAUAGCAACAAGAUUACAGAAAGGCAAGUAUGUGUCCAAUGGUGGAAGCUAGGCAGAUGGUUCUAUGGCUUUCGCUUACGUGAUGAAUUGCAUUCUCGUAAUGCCUCUUUGGGAGACCUAGCGGCAUCCAAUGCAGAAGUCCUUUGGGUGCUUCAUCGAGGUGCCAUUCAUGAAGUCUUGCGUGUUCAGAUAUCUGCAGUCAAGCCUACGUCCACGUCAUGGUCACAUCAAGUUGCACAAAGUGUGAAUGAAUGA